ACACUUUGGAAUUUGGAUUUCAAAAUUUGAAUUGGUAAUAUUUUGGCCCGCGAAUGCACAACGCCGUGUGCAACUUACGGUUUUAGAUGCUAAAAAUGUAAAUUAUCACUUCAAAUUUCCAACUACCAAAAACCGUUGUCCUAUUUAACUUAACCAAUAUAAAACUGUUUUACCGAUCAUCGAAUACGAUUGAAUUUUUUUUUGAGAAGUAGCCAUGGGAAAUACGGUUUCCGGAGCUCAAAAACUAGUGGUACAAGCGUUCAUUCCACAGGACGAAACAAACAACAAUGAUGUACCUAAAAAUCCACACGGCCUUACCAACAUGGCUGGUAUAAACCCACCGCCGGAAUGCCCAAUGCACGUCAAAAUAGACGACAAGAAAGCCGCUGGAUGUGCUGUGGCGGGAAACCCAGAUGACAUUAAUCCAUUGAAUAUGAUGCCACCUCCAAAUCAAAAACCAGCACCAGAUCAACCAUUUCCAUUACCAACAGAACGAGAAGUAUCUACUAUACCAAAAGCAGAAGGAGAAGGUGACUUUUGGGUUUAUCCUUCAGCUCAAAUGUUUUGGAAUGCAAUGCUACGAAAAGGGUGGCGUUGGAAAGACGAUGAUUUAUCACCAAAAGAUAUGGAUGUUAUAAUUAAAAUACAUAACAUCAACAAUGAGCUUGCUUGGCAAGAGGUGCUAAAGUGGGAAGCAUUCCAUGCAAGUGAAUGUAUGAAUCCAAAGUUAAAAAGCUUUGGAGGUAAAGCCAAAMAUUUUUCACCAAGAGCAAGAAUACGAAAUUGGAUGGGAUAUGAACUACCAUUUGAUAGACAUGAUUGGAUAGUAGAUCGUUGUGGUAAAGAAGUACGAUAUGUUAUUGAUUAUUACAGUACAGAUAACUCACCAAAUAAAUAUCAAGUUGCUCUUUUGGAUGUAAGGCCAGCCUUAGAUUCAUUUGGUGCAUUAUGGGAUCGUUCAAAAGCAGCUUAUUGGAGAUGGCGAUAUGAAGCUGAAAUGGAAAGAAAUAUUGCCAAUAAAAUGGAAGAAUUAAGAAACGAUAAAGUGUGAAUAUAUUAAUUUUUUUUUUUUAAUUGUAUAGUGUAUAGUAGGUUCCUGAAAAGUACUGUUGUAACCUUAAAGAUUUCAAAGUAAAAAAACCAAGCUGUAAGUGUAAUAUUUUUGUAGCUCUGCAAAUUCAUUAUGUUUAGACAUUAUAUUAUUUUGAUUUUGUUAUUAUAUUAUUUUUACAGUUCAAUGAAUUUAGUGAUUAAUUAUUUUUAUUGAAAUGUAUACUUAUGCCUUACAGAGUUAACUUUGUUUUACAUAAUAGUCAAUAAACUAUAAUACUUAGUUUUAAAUUGCA